UCCAAUAGCAAUGGCGGGAGAAUUAAUGACCCAACAUGGCCUCCUGGAAAAACAACCCCAGCUGAGGGCGACAGAGACAACUUCAUCUUGCGUUAUUUCCGAGAAGCCAGAGAAGUGGACACAGUUUCUGAUUGGCUGGAUGCGCACCGCCAAAGUUCAAGGCUCGGGGACCGGCCUUAGGCCACACCACGCCGUCACACUUCUGCAGCAGCAGCGACACCAACCCACCGUCACCCUCUACACGUCGCUGGCCAGGGAACUGAAGAAAGGGGACCGCCGCUGGCUUUUGGAAUUCCUGAGCGGACACGGACUGGAGAUUCUAUUCGAGACACUAGAGGCCGCCAAUAAUCUCAAAACAAUAAGCGCCGGGACCGAGGCGACACGGAACAAUACAAGAAACGUCAGUUUUUUAUCGGUUCUGCUCCAAGCUUGCUGUGCUGAGUGCAUUUCUUUGGUCAUGGAUUCUGAACCUAGCUUGGAUUAUAUCAUAGAAAAUGAAGAGUUUAUCCGAAGAUUCGCUGUAGCUCUCGACACAGACAACGUGGCCAUUAAGAAACAGGUGAUUGAGAUUCUUUCUGCGCUCUGUGUUUAUUCAACUGACGGCUACACCAGAGUUUUAGACAUACUGGAAUAUUACAAGAGUACCAAGAAGAAAAGACAUCGGUUCUGUUGUAUUCUGGAUGAGAUUCGAUCUACAGAUAACAUUUCCUACAAGACCAACUUGCUGGAAUUCAUCAACUGUCUCAUUAUCUACAACGAACUACCUGAAGAAAGGAUCCGUGUUCGCAAUGAAUUCUACGGUUUGAGACUUCAAGAAGUUCUAGAGUCACUGAUAGACAUCGAGGAGCAGAAUGUUCAAGUGCAGCUUCAAGUGUUCGAAGAGAAUCUCAAAGCCGACGAGGAGCAUCUUCCAGGCACCAAGGGCAUCGACCUUGGCAAUGCUUUAGACGUCUUCCACGCGGUUCAUAGACAGGUUGUGACUAAACAUUACGAGUUACCGUUCCUUACAGUGUUGCAACAUCUUCUGAAGAUCGGAUCAAGUGAUGAUUCCCUUAGCGAGACAGUAUGGUCAACAGUGGAACAGCUCGUUGCCCAGGCGACAGGAGUUGAGACAAAGGAAGACGCCAAGAAACUUGUGACUUCCAUCUCUCGCCGCCUUGAAGGAAGGGAGAGAAGCACAUCUAGCUCCAGGUCACGCAAGAGCUCCUUUGCACUAGCCGAGGAACUAGGAGAUGUCAACCACGACACGAGCAGCGGUACGUCCUCAGACCCGACAGCUCCAGUCGUGAUUCUUCCCCCACCGCCACCUCCGCCCCCUCUCGAAAUGAUGCCCGGGGCACCACCUCCACCGCCACCGCCUCCCUUUGGGGGACCACCUCCACCACCCCCUCUCUUCAUGGGAGGAGGGGCACAAGCGGAGCCAAUGCUCCCUCAAACAAACAUACCAAAGCCAAAGCAGAAGAUGAAAUCUUUGAACUGGCAAAAAAUUCCCAUCACCAAUGUUAUAGGCAAGCCCAACUUGUGGACGGAAGUUGGCAGCCUGCAGAAAAUGUAUAAAAUGGACUAUGAAAAAAUGGACGAACUCUUUGGGGUCAGCUUUAAUGAAAGCUCUAAGAGACCCGGUCAGCCAGGUGAUGGACAGCCGGACAGUAAGAAAAAGAAGGAAAACUUAGAGAUCAAUAUUUUAGAUGGAAAAAGAAGUUUAAAUGUCAACAUUUUUUUGAAACAGUUCCGUAUAUCUCAUGAAGACAUUGUACAGUUGUUGAAGGAAGGUAAAAGAGAAGUGAUUGGGGCUGAAAAACUAAGAAGUCUCUUAAAAUUACUUCCUUCACAAGAAGAGAUUGAUGCUAUCAAUACAUUUGAUGGUGAUAGGGAUCGCCUCGGCAAUCCUGAGAAGUUUUUUAUAAUCCUAAUGGGUUUGCCAAAUUACAGGAUGAGAAUUGAAGGACUUCUUAUUAUGGAAGAGUACAAUACAAACAUGGAAUGGAUCAGGCCAUCAAUUGAGGCAGUGAUUCAAGCAGCUAGAGAUAUUCAAGAAAAUAAAUCACUAAAGGAGCUAAUUUAUCUUAUACUUAUCUCAGGGAACUAUCUGAACUCUGGAAACUAUGCAGGAAAUGCUGCAGGUUUUAAAAUCUCAUCUCUCCUAAAUCUUACAGAGUUAAGGGCUAAUAAGCCUGGAAUGAAUCUUAUGCACUAUGUUGCUCAGGAAGCAGCUGAGAAAAACCCAAGACUUCUCAAAUUUCCAGAAGAAAUGAAAUUUUUGAAAGAUGCAUCACAAGUGUCUGUAGAGACUUUGACCACAGAUAUCAGCAAUAUAGCUAACAAAGUCAGGGCAAUCACUGAACAGAUCUGUGUAGCAGGAAGAGACUUCCAGCUUCAGAUGCGCCAUUUUCUUCAGGAUGCCAAUGUUGAGGUUGGUGAAUUAGAAGAAGAUUUAGUAGAAAUUGAAGAGAUCAGGGUGGAGUUGGCCAGGUACUUUUGUGAGGAUAUUGCUGCCUUCAAGCUUGAAGAGUUAUUUAAAAUCCUUCAGACCUUUUGUGACAAACUGAGAAAAGCUCAUGAGGAAAAUGUGCAAAGAUCAAUACAAGAAGCUAAAAUUGAGGAGAAAAGAAACAAAAGAGAAAAUGAGGAGAAAAGAAGAUCAAGAGAUUUGUCUGAGCCUGGCAGUCAGACAAUGGAAAGAACGUCAAGUACAGAAGAGAAGAAAGGAACCAUUCUAGAUGUACUGCUGGCUGACGUUCGCAGUGGCUUUGCUUCUAGUAAAUUAAAUGAUGGGAACUUUUCUGUGACUAAAGUUACUAAAGUCAAUUUGGCCAAUACAGACUUAUUAAACAUAUUAACCAGUGACCUGCCAAAUGGUGAUAGUAAUGGCAAUUCAUUUACACGUGGUGACUAUGGCAGAACCAGCCUAAGAAGGAAGCGAGGGGAUGGUUCUGUUGACAGUCCUGUUAGUGGAGUCUCUCCAACACCAGAUUCAAUAUCCCAGGGUUUAGUCGGAGGCGAUUCUCAGGCCAAUGAGCAACAAAAACCUGAGACCACAUUUGAACGUUAUGCCAGCCUUCGUAGGCGGCGUUUAGAGCGCAAGCAGAAGAAACCAAAAUUGGAAGUGUACAGUGCUGAUCGUGAGCGUGCCCCAUCACCUUCACUGCCUACAAGUGCUUCUGAUUCUUCUAUAAUGAGACACACUUCAGCUGCACAUUCUGCUGAAAGACCCAGUUCAGACAAUGCUCCUGAUUCAAAGAACAAUUCACUUCGACGAACACGCAGCUGGCUUGAUAGACCUAAAAAAGAUUCUGCUAGUGAAGAUGAAUCAGAAGCACUGAUCAACAGGCUGAAACAAAAACUUGGUAGAAAAGAUAGCCGAAGUGCUCCCACCACACCUACAGAUGAGCCUGAUAGUGGAAGAACAGAAUCCACUAGAAACUCUACGACACCAACAUCAAGAAGCUCAUCUCGGUGGAGAAAUGGAAUUUCUGUUUCAGAAACCAAUUCUCCACUUGAGCCAAUCACUGAGAGGAAUCCAACAUUAGAAGACUUUACAACAGAUGCCCAAGUGAAAGCUAUUCAAAAGACAAGAGAAAAGACAUCAAAUAGGUUCAGAAGUAGUUUAGAUCCUAAUGAACUAAACAAAGCCUUAGAAAAUUUUGAGAAUCAUUCAUCCAAUGAUGACUCUAUUAAGCAAAAUCGUUCCUUGGAUGAUUCAGAUAUGAAAGAACAAACUGUUACUAAGUCCAUGAGACUGCAGUUGAGUAACACUAUGGGCACCAACAUUGACCAAAUUCUAAAAACAAUAGAGGAUACAGGUAGACCUAUAGACACUGUCGGUGUGGCUGGGCCCAUACAAAAGACACCUGAGGUGAAAAGGGCUAAUGUGCCUCAAACACCACAACCACAAGUAGCUGUUGUUGGCCACAUGACAGCUUCUGUGACACCAGCUAUAUCUGAGCAUGACCUGAAAGCCAAGAGAGAAAUGAGAAAGAAACGUGCACAGCUUUCAAUGGAGGAUGUUAAAGCAGCAAUGAAAUUGGAACCAACAUUUAGUAAAACAAAAGACACAGCUAACAACAGUCAUGUCACUAAUGGUGCUAAAAAUUCAUCUUCAAUGCCUCUUUCAAAAACUCCUCCUUCUCACAGAAAGGGAUCAGCCCUUAAAGAGAAAGAGGGUAAAGAGGUAGCUAGAAAAGAUAGUAACAAUAAUAAAGAGCUGAGCAAGGCAGCUAAACUGGCAGGCAAAAACAAGUUCCGUUCUGCGCGCUUUGGUGCCUCCAACACUUCAGAUUCCAACUUUCGAGCUCGUAGCAACGUGGAAGCUGAAAGUGUUGACCAAGCGCUCAAGGAACUGGUUAGCAAAAGCAGCAUGAGUCGAUCAAAAUCCUUUGAUGAGCAUGUUGAUGGAGAAGGCCUUUCUAACAAUGGAAUGCGCAACAGUGGCAGUGCACCUGACACCACUCAAGAGAAGCAAGCAGUGCUCCGCAAUAGCAGCAGCCGACUGUCUCUUGAUGGCAGACGGAACUGUCUGUAUGUUCCAAAUGAUGACAGUGACUCAGAAUGUAGAUCUAAACAGUCACUGAAGUCUGCUAACACAUCAACAGAAACUAUACCAGCCAAUGCUAACUCUCCAGGGCAGAAGAGGAAAGUUGAAAACAACUCUAGAUCUCAUCUUAAUGUACAACAGCAGAGACCAAACAACUUGAUAGCAGUUGAUAAUGCUCCCAACCCAUUCAAAAGGUCUCACAGCUUGCUGGACAGAAGUAAGCAAUUUGAUGAGGAUAGUGAUGACCCCAAUGUCUCAAUAGCAAAAUGGAGGUUGAAACGUGAAAAGACAAGGCGUAGUAUGUAUGACAAUGUUUAUGAAAGUGAGGUUAGCAAUGAGCCUGGCUCCAGAAACAGCUAUGCAAGCAGUAAAGAUGAAGGGUUUGAAUCUGGCUCCCUGUCUCAACGCACAUCUAUGAGCAGCACCCUAGAGGCAGAGUACAAUGGCAUUAGGAAAUUAGAUGGAGCUCCAUCAAAACAGAGUGUGAUAAGUGACAAAAAUGUGCCUGUAAAUAAUUCACAAUUGACAGGACUUUCUGAUGAAACUGAUCGAAAAACUAGAACGGAAAAUUGGACAGAACAGACAGUCAGGGCUAACAAUAAAAGUGCUAGCUCAGAUACUAGUGAGUCUUCCUCCAUUCUUUCCCCAGACAGCGGCCUUGGCAUUUCAAAAGAGGACUACUGGAGCGAUGAUACUAUCACUCAAAGUGCUAAACCUAUUGAUAAAUCCUCAAAGAAGACAACCCUGUCAAAAGAAGCAGCUACCAAGCCAGCAAAAAGUAAACCUGUGCCAAGUUACAUGAUGCCUAUAAACAGAACCCCUGCAAGGCCUACCUCUACCACCCCAGAGUCUUCAUUCAAACGUGACACUCCUAACAGAAUCUCAGUGAUUGAAAGAGCUGUUACGCCAACCUUGAAGCGAGAAACUCCCAUCAGAUCUUCAAUGAGAGCUGAACUUUCAACAAAUUCCUUCCAACGAGGAACUGUAGCCCGUACAUCUGUAAGAGGACCUAGGACUUCUUUGAAACUUACUCCUGAUGCCAAUGUAUCACCUUCAUCUCCUUCAGAAAGAAAGAGAACUGAUUCUAAUGCAAGUCUUUCAUCUAAAGUAAGCAACCCCAGUGCCCCCCGCUCAUCAAGUAAAACAACUUCAGCAUCAUCAAUGCCAAGUCACACGGCAACAGCCACUGCAAGAUUAUCAUCAGGAUCAUCCACACCGACAUCAGGAUCAAACAGAGCUUCAGUCUCGGCUAACUCUGCUAGAUUAUCAACAGCAUCUCCUCAGACUCCAUUCACAAGAACUCAGUCAGUUAGAGUUACCUCAACUCGAAAAUCUCUAGGUGCCGACUUGAAACCCAAUACGCCUAGCAGCAGAAGUGUUACACCACUAUCUCAAGAACUUAGGCGCAGUAUGACACCACUACCAACUGAGAACAAUGGACGCACUACUCCUCUCCCUGAAAGGCCUCACAGUACAACCCCAAUGUCGCAGAGUGCCAAAGCACCUUCCAGCCGCAGAUCUUUUAUGGCACCUACUGCCUCUUCCAAAGCAAGAGCAGAUGAGCAGACACCAGUUCCCCCACCUAGAACAAAGUCUCUAGCAAAUAAAUCAACUCCCUUGACCAGACAUGGUAGUUUACGAGUUCCCAAAACUACUUCCACACUAACUUCACAGGAGCUUGCAUCUGGUAGAAAAUCUCCUGCGGUGCUAAACUCCCCAAUUAACAAACCUGACCAUCACCAGUCUCUAUCUACAGUUGCUGAGCAAGUAGCAGAUGAGGCUGUGGAAGAAGAAAACACUAAAAGCACCAAAAAAUCACAGUCUCUUCUAAACAGACUUGGUAGAGGCAGCGUGAGAGUAACUCCAACAAAUAAGAACACUGGUAAAGCAAAAUGAGCUUGUUCUUGAGAGAGUUCAAUUCUACAGAAUGUGAUUUGCUGUCCAUUGUAACAGACAUCUAAAUGUUACUUCAGGCAUUAUGCAAACUGACCAUAAUAAUGGUAGACAAGCUGAAGUAUUCCUAUUUCCCUGUGACAUGCUGGUUAAUAAUAUUUCAGACAGUGGACUUAUAAACUCUUGAGAAAUAAAAGGCACUUAUCUGCAUUAAAUAUUGAGAAACCUUCAACACGUCACCUAUUGGAUUCUAUGUUGAACUAUUAUAAUUUCUUUAAUGCAGCAAAACAUAGAUCACUUCACACACACAUAAACAAAUGCUUGUGCUAACUUUAAAAUAAAGGAUGAAUCAUUAAUAAAGAUUAAAAAGUAAUACCCAAAUAAAAAAGAUCUCUUCCAGCCAAAAGAAAUUUUCUCAGACCCUACCAUUUUUACAACAGUUGUUUGUUUUUUCAACUGCUAUUUAAAAGACCACUUCAUCACACUUGUGGUUGAUUAUGUCUUUGUAGGGAUUUAUUUCUCCAAGGCAGUUCUUGUACCAAACUGGAGCAAGACUUUAGGUCAUGCUAACCUGGGCAGGAAUGAAAUAAACUAUGAAACUGCUGCCAAGUUAGGAUUCUGGCUUAUAAAAAAAGUUGUCAGUGUUGUCAAACUAUCUGUUUAGAACCUGAUUUUGAUUUUUACUAUCCACUUCAUAAUAUUUUGUGUGCACACACAUGUUGUUCUAUGAGUAAACUUAUUCAAGUUGGCUUUGAUACAUGCAUUGUAUUUAUAUAUAUAUAAUAGUAAUGCAUAUUCCAUAUCAGUUGCAAAUACAUUUUCAAAAAGUUUUGUUUGUGUGUGUGUAAAAAAAGAAAUGUACCAAAUUUGUCACAAUUAGCAACACUCAAUUGUUUGUCACUAAAAGUGCUUCUUGAAGAUGUUAAGUAACCCUGUCUUUCACUGUAUGUACUAUUUAUUUGCUGAGCUAAUGUCAUGUAUCAAAUGUCUAUACAAAUAUUGGAGAAGUGGAAUUGGUUUCAUACUUGAGAAGAGGGUCAAAGAUAAAUUAGGAGACUGAUGCAUCAGUGCAUAGCCUACUUUUAAAAACCAAGAACUACAUAGCCACUAUCUCCUUGGGGCAGUAACUCUUAUUUCAUUGUUUUCCUAGUGUAGAGCUUGUAGAGCUGAGGAUGUUAUUUGUUGAACUCUAAACUGAAUAAAAUCAAUUUCUGACCAAUCGCCCCCCCCCCACACACACACGCGCACAUACACAUUUGAACAAUGGCUAACAUUGUGAAUACUAAUGUAUGUGAAUACAUUACUCAUUUCAAGUAAUCAUGCAUUUCUCCAAAAGCACUUGCCUCCCUUAUAUUCAUAUCUAUUUUAGCUGGACCAGUGGAGGCAGCCUAAUGUCUUGAUGAUUUAUAUAUAUAUAUAUGAAUAAAUAUUUAUUUACACACUCUUCUAUUUAUACAUUGAACUCUUGCCAAUGUGUUUUACAAAGUCUAGCAUUUUUGUUUUCAUGAAGGAUGAGACGGACCAAAUAGCUUCUGACAUCUAAACUACAUGCCAUCUGACAUCUAACUACAUGUCAUCUUGCAGAAACUAUCAAUGCAAUAUGUUUUAUAUUUAUAUACAUUUAAAGCAUAUAACAUUUAUAUACUCUGCACUAUUAUACAUGAUGAGUACAACAAAUGCCAUAUCAAAAUCUGUUAUAAAAAAAUCAAAUUUGGUAUUAGUAGUUCGGUUAUGUAAUACCUGCUAAUCAAAUUGUUGACAUUUUAUAAAGUGUUUUAAUUUGUGUACAUUCCAAUGGUCUUGACUAAAUAGUAACUAAUGACUAUAUGUUCUGAAAACUCUAGCUUGAUUGUGAAAUCUAUGAAACAAAGGGGAGAUAAGUAAAUCUAGUUUUGUUUCAACUGGUACAUUUCUAACACCGGAAUUAUUGAAAGGUAAAUUGGCAACCUUUAGAGCCACAAAGGUAAUGCUGUCAACUAUCUUGUGUUUUCAAUGAAUAUUUUUAGGGUUUUAUUUAGGUGAUAAUUAUAAACUUAUAUUUAAAAAAAUUAUUGGUUGUUAUUGCUGUUUUAUUUUUAUGUCUAUUAUAAUACUAUUAUAUAUAUAUAUAUAUAUAGUCUUUUUUUUUUAAAUAGCUUUUAAUUUAGAAUCAUAGCCUAAAUAUUACCAGUGAGCUUAUUAUAACAUUACUUGUUAUAUUUUUUAUUUAUAAAAACUAGUUCUUGAUGUAUGAUAGUUCUGACAAAACAUUUCUCUUCAAAACUGACAGUGAGACAUCCUCUCAUAUUAUAGAUUGUCGCUGUACAUUAGUUUCUUGUUUUUAUGGCACCGAGUACUACCUUUUCGGUGGUGAAAUCAUAUAGUAUAGUUUUAUUUUUCUGUUUUUUUUUUGUUUUAUGUUAGACUAUAUUAAUGAAAAUUUUAUUCAGGACAAUAUAUUUCUAUAUUUUUAUACCGGUAAAUGUACCAGAAAAUUAGCAUUUAGUCUGAUAGCAAAUUAUAUACUAUAGAACUGCUAUGUUGGAUAGUAGAAAUAAUUUUUAAAAAUUUAUUUUUUUUUCAUACACAAAACAAAAAGAGCUUUUUGUUUCAGUCUUGUGGCAUGUUGGUUUGGUUAUGAGGGCACUUUGACAUUCCUUCUUUUGAAGUUUUUAACACUAGGAGAUACGCUUGCGAUAAGGAUGAAUUGUGGAAAACAGAAUAUAGUUUAGACUGAAUUAGAAAAAAAAACAACUAACUUAAGAAAAUUAUUUUGAUACUUAUGUUUCCCUACCAUGGUUCUUUUCUAAUGUUUGUUGAGGUAGCAUCUACUGGUAAUUAACUAUCAGUUUGUAACACUUGUCAUUGAAGUAAUGUGAAUUGAAUCUCAGAAACUUUUCUUUGGCAGAUGGUGAUGUGUUUUUAGUUUCCUUUCUAUACACUAGUUAAGUGGAGAGCAAUAACAUUGGCCAAUUAUAUGAAACUAAACGCAGGAAAGUAGACUAGUUAUUUAUUCCAGCUGAAUCUUAUCCAAAAAAUGGCAGCACUUUACAGAAAAUCAAUUUCCACAUUCUUGUUUUACAGCCCAACUAUUUCCUACAAUCACUCAUUUUCAUGUCUACCUCAUACACACACCACAGACAGAUUUGGCCUUAAAAACAAAACAAAAUGGUGUCUUUUAUUUAUAUUUGGUCUGCCUGAUACAUAUCGUUCAUUUAUAUUUUUUUUUUACUAUUUCCUAUUAUCACAUUGUUUAUAUUGAAUCUAUAACCAUAUUGUUGUUCAUGUUCAUUGUUUAUAUUGAAUCUAUAACCAUGUUCAAGUUCGAUAUACUAUUGUUUUUGUAUAUAAACGAUCUGUCUUAUAAUUCUUUUUGUACAUAUUUACAUAGAAAUAUAGUAAAGAUACGUUUGUAAUCAUAUAACAUGCUGCUAAGGCAAUAAAUAGUUGUUUUUUAAUGGA